AUGAUCAUUCAGACUCUCCUAGCCGUGGUUUUCGCGUCCUCUGUCCUGGCUCAUCCAGGAUACGGCAGCGCUCCUGCUCUAGCCGUUCCUGCACAGUAUAACUACAGAUAUACUGUGCAGGACAACUUCGGCAACGACUAUGGCAAACAGGAGGCCCGCAAUGGAUACGAUACCCAGGGAUCCUACUAUGUCCAGCUUCCCGACGGUCGUCUGCAAAAGGUUACUUACACCGUCAACGGCAAUUCUGGCUUCAUUGCAGAUGUAGAGUAUGUGGGAGAGGCUCGCUAUCCAUCUACCCGGUCCUUUACUGGGUAUGGCCCAUACUAG